UAAACGUCCAUUCUGGAGUUAACCUAAAGCGUUGGAUAAAAGAGAACACAACUGUAAUAUUUGUAAAUAUAAUUUUGUCUAGCCGUUGUUAAGCGUUUACCUCACCAUCAGCUAUAUAUACGAUGUCUAACAUAUUAUAAUUCUGACACACUUCAGAGAUAACCCAGCACUGCAUUUUGCACCGGCAUCAAGGGAUCCUUCGUAUACACUUUCCCACAGGGAAGACAACACAUUUGUCAUAUUCUAAUAUUGUAUUGUGUUUAGUUACUAGUAAUGAUUAACGACUGGUAAUACUGCUUCCAUCUGUGAUAGUGUGAUUUUAUGAUCUCUGAGAGAUUUUAUGAUCUCUGAGACACUGCUAUAAUCUAACAUUCACCGGCGCCUUCAAAGAAAAUAGCUAAAGCGCCGCAUCCUGCUAGGUUAUCGGUUAAUUCUCCUAAUUAGCCUCGUCCUGAGCCAUAAAUCUGUUGGUAAGACUCAAGAGGAAUUUUUUUUUAUGACCACGAGUAUAAUUAGACAAGAACUGGGUGCCAAACAUCGUGAAAAGUGUAAUAAAACCAUCGUCAAAUGCCUCGUAUAGCGAACUGUUCUUCACACGGUGUAUAAUGUAUUAGCGGUGAUAACCUUUGUUAUGACUGGCAGUAUAUCGUAGACGACUUCCUCGGAUCUCAAGCCUACUGUGUACAGUGUGUUGAUGUUUCCAGAACUUUUAAUAAAAUGAAUAUCACCCCGGAAACAUAUUUACUUAGGUGGUUUGCAGUCACUUUGAGCUUGUCCAUUGUUCUCCAACGUGCAGUGGUUUGUCUGCUGCCAAAUCCGCUGCUUCGUUCGCCUUUGGUAAACAUCACGUAUACCAUUGGCACCGACGUAACGUUACGAUGUAAUGUCAAAGAUAUUGGACACCGGACAGUAAUAUGGCGCAAACUGUCCGAUCCGGUUCCAAUAUCUAUAGGAACAGCAAAGUUCACUCCAAUAAAGAAAUACCGCAUCAUUCACUUCCGUGAUUCUGGCGAAUGGACACUGACUAUCAGGGGGGUGAACCACUCGGAUGCAGGGGAGUACCAGUGCUCACUAUCAGGGGAGGGAAACUAUUUCCUAACACUGUCACUCAUCAUGCCAGGUAACCGUGAUACAUACAUAGCUUCCACUCCUACAACAAUCAGUGUCAACUAUGGUGAAACAGCCAUUCUUCCAUGCACGAUCAUCAACCUAAAGAGGCGCAAGGUUGUAUGGAUGGACCAGAAAGGUGACUUGCUGACAUUUCGGAAAAGGGUUUAUUCCGGUAACAGACGUCUGCGAGUAAUCCACACUAGGCGGGAGGACUGGAGUCUCCAGGUGCGGAAGGUUUCGGAGGCGGAUUUCGGUCGUUACACCUGUUUAGUGAACACCAACCCCGUGCUCACACGGACAGUGCAGCUCAAAAACGCAGGUCCAUCACGAACAGGUCCAGGUCGCAUUAAGGAUGGUUUCAAGAAGGUUGUAACAGCUAAAGAGGGUCAUUCUGUGACCCUCACCUGUCAUUUCACCGGUUCUCCGCCACCGACGAUCACGUGGUACAGAAAGGUCUACCAGAACAAGAAGACGAUCAAAACGGGCUACCAGACAAAGGGUGAGCGGCUACAGCUGACUGGUGUCACACCCGACGACAGCGGCGACUACGUCUGCACCGCCAGAAACGGGGUACCACCGUCUGCACGGGCUAGAAUCAAGCUCAUCGUCACAGCUGCCCCUAUCACUACGACGAUGGCGCCAAAAACCACGCCACAUGAACCUGAAGGGCAAGCUGCACCUGUGACGUACACGGAGAUGGAGACGGUGGGGAUGCGGAAGGGCGACGAUGCCUACUUGGUGUGCCGCGCCGUGGGCAGGCCCCGCCCCACCUUGUACUGGGAGCGGCAUGGACGCCGUGUCUUCGACAGCUACAAGUACCGCGUCACCCCAACGACGACGGGUCAGCACCGGAUUCACUCCAAGUUGAGGAUCUUACAUGUGCUGAGCCAUGAUUUUGGGGGAUAUCAGUGUGUGGCGCAUAACCCGCACGGACUCAGGACAAUGAACGUAACACUGUAUGAAAUAUUCGACAGCUAAUUAUAACGAAGUCUUCACCUCAGAAUAAAGUAACAGAAUAAUAUCCUACAUUAGACAUGUUAAGACGCACAGCUAUAAACUCUCUAUUGUAUUACACAAAUUGCCUUCCUCGCACCGUGUCAGGGUGUUAGGUCAUGCGUGUACACGGACAACAAGGUGUCUGCGCAGAAUCUGAAGACAUGCUAAGACGAAGAAUCAAACACAGUUUAGAACAUGGACAUUGUGCAGUUCUGAUGACUACUGGCAUUGAAAUCAAACCUCUCGUUUAGUUGAUAUAAAUUAAACAGUACAUUAAAUCA